CGGCUUUUAGAAAUGCCCACCGACGCUGCCGCUGUUGCAACUGUUGUGCUUGUUUGACAGGAGAAAGAGAAAACCGUGGCAGUGGUCUGCUGAAUGGGCGAUACGCCACCGUAGGGCUUUUUACCGAUACGCUACUGCUUGCCCGGCGAAUUCAUCAACGACCGCACAGUUGUGUUGGAGAAUGACGAACAGUCAUCGGGAGGCCGUCCGUCGAUCGCCGUGAACCAAGAAGCGCGAGCGAGCGAGAAGUUUUCUUCAUUUUUAGCAUGUUCGCCGUUUCGAAAGGUGUUCCCGCGAACAAUGUCGCUCUGCUGAGGGGCCGCGCUUCGGGCGUCUCUUCGUACAAGGCGGGAAACCAAGACCCACAGCAGCAGCAGCGGACGAACUUUCAGCGGCCUGCGGAGAUGAGUGCCUCACGGCCGCCCUACAGCCAAGCCAACGGGCGGCGGUCACAGAGCGGUGUCAGGGGCGACGCUCCUGACGUCGCCUCACAGAACCACGAGCAAGUCGUCGGCUACCUGCAAACCAUGUGGAAGCGUGCAUGCACCCAAUUGGAGCAGUCGCAACAAGCCACGGCAGCCUGUGAUGGAAAUUAUCGCAGUGUCGUCUACUACCAGGAGAAAGAUCCCGACGAGACACGCAGGUAGUUUGUCAAGCUGGAAAGACCGUGGGUUUGACAUGUAACACACAUGGCCAAAAGACAACUUGCGAGUGUGUUGCUUGCUUCACCGAAAUCAAGUCCAUGGACAAAGCGCCACACGCUUGCUCCUUGACACAAGUCUUCUGAUCGUGUGUUUAGGCUGGCCGUCUCAUUUGCAAUGAACAACGACACCCGUGUCGCGUCUGUGACCAUGCUUGGCUGCAUUAUGGAAGAAGACAAGGAACUGUGGUUAUUUUACAGCACUGCCAUAAAAUGGCUGAAUGUAUAUAGCGACCGCCCUCAAAUUGGAAUGGAAAGAUGACAUUUUAGUGCUUGGUACAGUUUUAUUGCAUCGUAUGAUGUGAGCACUGGGAUAUUUCUUUUAAUUAGGCUCUUUUGCCUUUAUUUCCUGUUGGCCAACUUGAGAUGAAUAUGUAUAUGUCUUGAUGAAAAGCUGCUUAGGGAGUUUUUAAUAUUAUUUUUUUUUGUAAGUGUUUUUAAAAUAUAGGAUUGUACUGACUUUCCGAGAAUGUACCUAAUUGUCGGCGCUGUGCGGUAAGCAGGCUUUACUCUCCUGUUGGCUUCCGUCGAGUGCCGGCUCGAAUUGUCUUUUUUUUUUUUUUUCAUUUUAGUAUCUGUACAUAGUCUUCUUGGCUGUGAAUUUUGAAUUCACAGUUUUGAAGGGGAUUUCAGUUGAGUUGUCGCUGCGGCACGCACUUUGUUGCAAUCGCGGAUACAAUUCUUGCCAUGUGACCAGUGCCCUCUGCAAUUGAACUCUUGCAUCACCGACCAAAGAAUGUUGGAACAUUUGGCGUGACUGGCACGAAAGAGCUGCACCCUGGCGCAAGCAGAGGAGUGUUGUUUCGGCACUAUGCUGUCGAUAUUUGUGUAUAUAUGCAUGGUGCUGUCUGCAGCCGUGGCCACAAGUGCAGUCAUAAGGUGUUUGUUUUGUUGGCCCAACUCAGUGUGCAGUUGUGUCCGCAGACAAAAAAAAGAAAGGUCAUGGAAUGCUUUCCGGAGUGCAACAGGCAGCAGCAGUGCAGAUCUACAUACGGCACUCCUUGGUUCCCACACUGUUCCAUGCGCUAGCAAGUUUCCGAGGAGAGCACUGUAUAAAUUGUGUACAGUAUUUAUAUUUUUAUUGUUGCAACACAAUCGACACCCCCGCUGUCGCAAUCAUUGCGCUGCAACUCCUGUUCAGCUUGCAUGACAUGGUAUCAGUGGGUGCAUUUCUUUUUUUUGUGGCAUCCGGAAGACUUGAUUAGAUAGGCUGCCUGCGUCCUAUACGCAGGCGUGCCAACAGUGUGAGGCUUCUCUUCAGCUGCUGUUGCACAAUGUUGGCUGGUGGUCAUAUGCAUUGCUGUCAUGCAAGAAUCUGGCAGUUUUUGUCGCUGAAUUGUGUUUUUUAUAGACCUUUACUCAUGCGAAUAAAGUGCUGCGCUUUACUGAUGUCUUCGCAGCCACAACGACACUUGCACUUGGUGCUGAAAUCAUGACGGUCAUGAGUAUAAUAAAGACUCCUUCACAUUUCGCU